UUUCCAAGUGAACCGUAUUGCAAAUUAAAUAUAUGUAUAUAUAUUUGUUUGUUUGAAUGCAGUUUACGUACAUCGAAUGUUUUUUUGCACAGUUUACAGCGAGCGAGGAAAUAAAUGUCAGAUAAGAUCAGUUGAGCACGUGAAUCGCAUCAUAUGACCAGCACAUGUGAAAGUCCUUUCAUCGAAGAAGACGGAUGUAAACGGGACAGUUACUUGUUUUAUUUUAUCGUACCAUACGUAUGUCUUAUGGCAACAUCGUCCGUGAAUUUCGAUCAGAUUUCUUUGUUUCUUAUAUACCUAGGAGUAUGUUUGUCCCAAUGCAAAGACAUCCGACAUUCUUUGGAUGAUGAUCUCUUGUUACCCUACUCCGAAUCCCACGGGCCGUCUCAUUCCCACCGCUAUGUGAGGGACUGCCAGCCCGUCGCUCAUGGCAAUGUAACCCACGAAACCUGGGCAGCAAGCAGGCACGCUAACUCCCCCGUGUUUCAGUCAAAUAUAUUCAUCUCCGACAUCACCGAUGACUCUGGCGUCCACAGAUGGGCGAGCGGCCACGUCACCGAGGUUCACGACCCGUUGAGGUCCGUGUCCGUUCUGGAGCCAGGAGGCCCUGGAGGGUGCGGGUGGAGUCACAGAGAACUCGUGGAGCGCACUGCCAAAACCAAAAAGUGCCUCCUCGCCCAGAAUGGGGGCUUCUUCGACACUGACGACGGGCAGUGUUUGGGGAACGUCAUAAGCGACGGGAAACUGGUGAGGAACAGCAAAGGAGUUCAAAAUGCUCAGUUUGGCAUCCGAAAGGACGGGACGCUGGUGUUCGGCUACUUGUCUGAGGAUGACGUCCUGGAUCAGGUAAACCCCUUCGUGCAGUUGAUAAGUGGGGUGGUGUGGCUGCUGAGAAAGGGUGAGAUCUACAUCAACGAGAGCAUCCAGGCAGAAUGUGAUAAAUCACAGAAGACCGGGAAAUUCCAGUACUUUGUGGAUGUGAUAUCUGCCCGUACAGCGGUGGGUCACGAUGCAGAGGGCAAACUCAUCCUCUUCCACGUCGAUGGUCAGACGGGUUUAAGAGGAAUGAACCUCUGGCAAGUGGCAAAGUUUUUGAAGGAACAGAAUGUCAUUAACGCCAUCAAUCUGGACGGAGGCGGCUCGGCCACUUAUAUCCUCAACGGAUCCCUGGCCAACUACCCUUCGGACCACUGCAAAACUCGGAUGUGGCGCUGUCCACGGGUGGUUUCCACCGUGCUGUGUGUUCACGAGAGGCUGUGCCAGCCGGAGGACUGCAGCGGACAUGGGCGUUGUGUGGAGGGCCGGUGUGUGUGCCAGCAGGGCUGGAGCGGCCCCGGAUGUGCCAAUCACACAUGCCAGAAUGAAUGCGGAGAACGUGGAAUCUGCACAGAGAAUGGAUGUGUGUGUGAUGCUGGAUGGAUGGGUUUAAACUGUAGCCAAGUAUGUGCAGAAGGUUUUUAUGGUGAUGAGUGCAAUCAAACAUGCGCAUGCGCAAACGGAGGCCUGUGCGAUCCCGUUCAUGGACGAUGCACCUGUCUUGCUGGUUUCCAUGGAGAUUCCUGCGAGCGAGAAUGCCCUCUUGGAUUCUACGGGCUGAACUGCGAGCAGCCCUGCCAAUGCCACGACAUGUGCCCAUGUGAUGCUGCCACAGGAAGCUGCAACACCACAUACCAAGGAGAGAGAAACAUCAGCCUGCACAGAGCUGGUCACUGCCUGGCUACCAAGAUGUGGAGGGAAUGGAGACAAGAGGAGGAAGGUCAUGCUUCAAAACCCUAUUUGUCUGAACAAAGCUGGCUGGUUGUCUGCUCUAUCCUGGCAACGUCGCUGCUGGCCAGCCUCACUGGUAACCUUAUCCAGACGUGCAGAAAAUGCAAAGCGCGCGGGCAGAGGGCGGACUACUCCUACUUGCCGCUGGGAGAGAUCAACGGGUCCGUGGAGCCGAGCAGAGGACAGGGGACGAAGUCUGGGAAAGUUCUUUUUCAGCAAGAAGACUCUGAUUCGCAAGACUCCUCAUAACUACUUUUGUGCGGAUUCACUCAAAUGUGCCAUUCAGAACAGGAUAAGCUAGCUAGCUAGCCAGAACAAGCCCUUAUUAGUGUGAGGACGAGGCAAGGGUUUGUUUGUUCAUGCUGUGAAUGGACGAGUCUUUGGAUUGGGGCUCCCAAACUGCCGAUGAUGGACAAUGAGGUGGGCGUUUGCACCCCAACAGCUGUCUGCGCGGCUCAGUGCGUUCACGUUCGCCCCCGCCGAGUCCGUAGACGCCAGUUCAACACAUGCCAAGUGCCCUGGUUGUGCAGUUUGACUGCAUUUUGCACAUUUUCUUUUUUGUUUGGGUUUUCGGUAACCUUUCAUUAUAGCUGCUAGCAAAGCAAGAACCAGUUUCUCAAGUGACGACGUUCAUAGUUUAAAAUACUGUUUCAAUGAAGACUUUUAUUUUGGUCUUCAGAUGAGAGGAGAAGCAAUAUCACCACAAAGCCUUUUUAUUGACAGAAUGGCCCAGUUGUUCCACCUGUUACCAUAGGAACAGACGAGUUUUGAACUAUGAACUCUUUUCCUGCAGGAACUUGCCAAACUGCUAUUUUGAAACUGUUUUACUGAAUGAUUUUUUUUUUUUCCUCCUGCGGAUCUAGAAGGUCGUUCAGUUUAUUUCGAUUCCAGCCCUCUGCUCUUUUGUUUCUGUUAACGCCUUGCCAACUCCUGCCAGCCUUAUCAUAGUGCUGUUUUGUGUGUUGUCUUAGACACUUAGAUCCAGCCAUAGAAACACGAUAUGAAAAAAAAAAAUAAAUCAAGGCCUGGAUUGUUUUCACACUCUCUAGGAAAGCAAGAGAAGGACAUUUCCUUUGUGCUUAGCUCAAAGUUGCUCUUUUUUUCUCUGUUCUGAAGCAGUGAAUCUGGGCUUUGGAUAGAGAUUUGAAAGUGUUUCGUCAGGUUCUGUUUUAGCUCUGAACCAUGACGCAAAUAUUAUGGAAGAGGAACAUUUACUUGAGUCUGUAGUUCCUGUGUUGUUUCCUGUCUAGCAUUCAAAUAGAUUUAAGCUUGUCUUGUUUUAACAGUUUAAAUGUUUCACAGGUACGCGUACAGAGAUAUGUGGAAGGAUGGAUUUCAUUAAACCCGUCAAAACAUUCCAGAAUAUAUAAACCCCCAAAACAACUUAAUAAAUAAUCACAUUUCAUAUUGUACUUUUUGCAUUUUGUGUUAGUAUUUAAAUGAUGGUGCAUUUUCUCUGACAGCUAUAUAUAAUAAUCUCUCAUAACUGUAAUAAUAACAAAAAUAUUUGUUACAUUUUUAAUUAUUUGCUAAUCUUGGUAGUGCUUGUAUUUUAAUAUAUGCUAAUUUAAAUCAAAUAAAGUGAAAGCAAAACCUAGAUACAUUACAAUAAUGAAAAUUUGGGGGUUAAGCUUGCUUGUCAUUAAAAAUAAUGUUAUUGCAAAAGAUAAUUAAUGUUUUGUUGUUGCUGUUAUAUUGAGGUGAAAUUUAGCUGGUACAUCUUUUUGCCCCAUAAAGUGAUGUAUUUAGUUACAAAGUUACAUAAACAUCAUGCCAUAAACAAUAGUGAAAGGUGUCAGCGGUGUGAAACAUUUGACUGUUUAUUAAUUUCCUCACUGCCUGCUUUGCAUAAGUUCUUCACUGCAGGUGACCUCUAUGCUGAUCGCCUCUUGUAAGUGUAAAGCAGACAGGGACAAAGACUUCAAUCCAGGUUUUUGAUGUAGUUUUUUAUUUCAUUUUAAUCGAGCAGGAAGAUGCCACACGCGUUAGAGAGGGUACUUGUUCGUCCACGAUACGGUCAUGAUGCUAAUCAGAGCGUCUGAGGCUGCUGUCGCACAUUUUGUGUGUGUGUGUGUGUGUGUGUGUUUUUUUUUUUAUUAUGCUGCAUGGCCUUUGGUUAAACAAUAGAAAUUGCUAUCAAAAGAACAUGCAUAAUUAAUAAUUGUAUUAAUAAUUUAGUUUCUUUGCACAAUUUUGUUUGUUUGCAAAAAAUGCACAAUUUUGUUUGUUAGCACAGAUAUUUCCAAUUCAGAUCGGUUGAUUGCUCUCACCCCUGCUUAUGUUCUUGGGUUUGUGCAGGAUCACUGGUGGAUAGUCUUUUGAAUUUCAGUGAAUGUAUGAAACAAAAUGAUUACAAAAUAAUAUGAACUUUGGGAUUUUUCUAUAUUAUUUUUUAUAUUCCACAUAUGUUUGUGCCCAAAAUGGCUGGUUUUCCACUGAGCACCCUCUAAAAAAAAAAACACUUAUUCCAGGUCAAAUUUCUAUUUUCCACACUCUAAAAAAUAAAUCCAAAAAAUAACAGAAAAGGUACAGGCGGCUCAUUAAACACGACCCGAUCCAUUAAUUUUAUGGGCAUUUCUGUUAACACAAUGCAAUGAAAUGUGAAAUUCAACGCAUUGGUGAAAGGCCAGUAAAAAACACAAACAAACUUCUAAUUAUGUAUUAUUUCAUACACCGGAGGAGUUAAUACAAUUUGGUCCUAAUGAACUUCUUAGAUUAUAUAUAGAUUGUUAAUGUAUUGCUUUAUACUUGUCAGGCCGCUAAUCAAAUACACUGCGGUUUGAUCUGUUUUGAAAUUAAUUUAUGAAUUUUCAUAUCAUUUAAAGGAUACAAUUUACUGUCACAGACCACAAAUAAAAAGUGUGUUCUUUCAGAGAAAAGUUAAAAGGUUGUUAAAAGCUUGUGUGUGUUCAAUAGAAAAUUGUGUUCAGGAGCAAAAUUGUUUCACAGAACAUGAAGAUGUGGAUUUUAUAGUGCUGAAAAAUUUCUGUUGAAAAGUUAUGAUAAUUUUAACAAAAAAAAACUAAUAUUGAAAUGCCAUGUCAGUACCAUUGUUUGUCACUUGCUUGCCAUGUUUGAAACAUUUUUCUUAACAUAAUGCAGAUUAAUGACUCUCUGUUCUUUCAAAAGUUGUUAAAUACCAUUUUUACCAACCAACAAAACAACAAAUAAAGUGAUUUGUGUAAUAUGGUGCACUUUGAGGCA